AUGCAAGCCGUCGAGACAGUCACGCAAACACAGAACAUUAACCGGCGACAAUGCAGCCGCGUCAAACCCAUGCAAGUCCUCGUUUUGGGUCUCUGUAGGACGGGAACUCUCUCAACAUGGCUCGCUCUCCAGCAAUUAGGCUACGACACGUACCACAUGACAUCGAUCAUGCAGAACCCCAAAGACGCCAGUAUGUGGGCUGAUGCAUUCCGCGGCAAAUACCACGGCGGCACGCCCUUCACCCGGAAGGAAUGGGACCAACUCCUCGGCCAUGUCGAAGCGACCACCGACUUCCCCGGCGCCGUUUUCGUCGAGGAACUAACCAACGCUUACCCCUCCGCUAAGGUGGUGCUGACGCUCCGCGACGUGGACGACUGGUACGUGUCCAUGCAGAAGACCAUCAUGAGCCAGACCUACAGCCCGCUGGCCACCCUCCUCGGCUGGAUCGACCCGGAUGUCUUCGGGCUGGGUAACCGCAUGGUGCGGCUGGGAUUCGACAGCUUCUUCGGCGGUGAUUUCGAACGCAACGGCAAGAAGGCCUUCCUGGAGCACUACGAGCACGUGCGUCGCGUCGUGCCCGCUGAGAACCUCCUCGAAUGGAACCCCAAGGAAGGCUGGACGUCGCUGUGCGAGUUCCUGGGCAAGCCGGUGCCCGACACCCCGUUUCCGCGGGCCAACGAGGGUGCCAUCUUCCAGAAGAAGGCGCAGAUGGUGAUCUGGGCUUCUGUGCGGAGGUUCUUGCAGCGUGUCACCGUUUACGGGCUGGGGGUUGGGAUUGCCGUGUUGGCGGCCAAGUAUGGACGCGAGGCAUUUUUGAGGGGUUAG